UUACUUUAUUUCCGCCUCCUCUGUGCUGCUCCUCCAACCUCAAAUCUGAUUUCUCUCUCAUUUUUUCUCACUGUCUUCCCCCCUAGACUUCUGGUCGCCAUCACCGAACAAGCUCUUCUUCUCAUCAGGAAAAGCUGAAGAAUUGUGUUUGGAGCUGAAUGGAGAUGGCUGGAACUUUGAGUGAGUCGUCUGGAGUGGGAAGGAAUUCGGAGGAGAUUUCAGGUGUGCAUCAACGUUAUCAUUCUGGGGAAGCUUUGGCAGAAUGGCGGUCAUCUGAGCAGGUUGAGAAUGGAAUUGCAUCUACUUCUCCCCCUUACUGGGAUACAGAUGAUGAAGACGACGACGACAAUGGACUAAAACCUUCGAAGUUGUACAAAAAAUAUACAUGGACAGUAGAAGAAUUUUCUCAGAUUAACAAGAGAGAGCUGCGUAGUAGUGCGUUUGAGGUUGCCGGCUAUAAAUGGUAUAUCUUAAUUUACCCUCAAGGCUGUGAUGUCUGCAACCAUUUGUCAUUGUUCCUCUGUGUGGCUAAUCAUGACAAGCUUCUUCCUGGCUGGAGUCAUUUUGCACAGUUCACGAUAGCUGUAGUGAAUAAAGAUCCCAAGAGAACCAAGUACUCUGAUACUUUACAUCGAUUUUGGAAGAAAGAGCACGAUUGGGGUUGGAAGAAAUUUAUGGAGCUGUCUAAAGUCAUGGAUGGGUUUAUUGAUGCAACAGAUAGUCUCACCAUCAAAGCUCAAGUACAAGUAAUAAGGGAGAGAGCAAACCGGCCUUUCCGCUGCCUUGAUUGUACGUAUAGGAGAGAACUAAUUCGAGUAUAUCUAUCAAAUGUCGAAGCAAUGUGUCGCCGCUUUGUGGAAGAGAGAAGGAGUAAGCUUGGAAAGUUAAUAGAAGAUAAAUCAAGGUGGUCAAGCUUCUGUACAUUCUGGAAUGGAAUUGAUCAGAAUGCUAAGCAUCUCAUCUCAAGGGAGAAAUCUGAUGUUGUUCUGAGGAUUGUUGUAAAACAUUUCUUUAUAGAAAAGGAAGUCAGUUCUACCUUGGUAAUGGAUUCUUUACACAGUGGACUGAAAUGCAUUGAGGGGAUGAGCAAGAACAAGAAAUAUAAGGAAAAAUCACCAUAUGUGGAUGAAUUGUUGGUUCCUAUGGUUAGCCUUGAGAAUGAUAUUUUUAUUCUAGCAGAUGAUGUGUUGCAUCUAGUUGAGAGGGCUGCUACAGAACCAUUGCCUCCAAAGGAUGAUAAAGGUCCUCAAAAUCGAACAAAGGAGGGAGGUUCAAUAGAGGACUUGAUUAUGGAUUCCAUUGAGCAUGAUGAGAGGCGUCUUACAGAAUUGGGCCGGAGAACUAUUGAAAUAUUUGCGCUGGCCCAAAUCUUCAGUAAAAUUGAAGUUGCAUACCAGGAAGCUGUCGCUUUGAAAAGACAAGAGGAACUUAUACGCGAAGAGGAGGCAGCCUCCUUGGCCGAGUCUGAGCACAAAGCCAAACGUGGUAUUGAAAGAGAGAAGAAAUCAAAGAAGAAGCAGGCGAAACAAAAACGAAAUGGUCGAAAAGGAAAGGAUAAUAAAGGGAAGGAUGAAAAAACAAAUCUAGUGGUUGGAGAUGAUACAAUCCCAGAAGGAAGUGCUACACCAGAUGACAGAACAGAGGAAGAACAAGAUAGAUUUGAGAAACCCAUUAUUACAGUGGAUGAUGUUUUGGAUUUGUCUGAUUCAUUAGAUUGUGUUACUGAAACUCUUCAACCCGAUUCUGACGAAAGAGAGUCUAGUCCUGUCUGCUGGGACACAGAUACAUCAGAAAUCCGCCCCCCUUCUGCUGAGUCUAUGCGCAGUGAAAUAUCUGUUCUCGAAUCCAAUCAAACUGGAAAAGGAGAAAGAAAGAUACCAUCAGCCAUGUAUGACAGUUCGUCAACUUGUUCUACUGACUCGGUUCCAUCAGUUGUUAGAAAUGUAACGCACAAAGAGCAUUUACAAGCAAAUCAAGGAAUUCCAAAGUCACCCGGCAGGAGGAACCAAUGGGAUGAGACCAAAGGCAAUUCAACCAGUUGGACUAGUGACUUACAUGGACGGUCGUCUGAAACUGCAAUUGAUAAAACACAUUCAAAUACAAUUGAUAAAGCACAUUCAAAUGCAGUUGAUAAAGCGCAUUCAAAUGCAGUUGAUAAAGGGCAUUCAAAUGCAGUUGAUAAAGCACAUUCAAAUGAUCCCUUGCGAAGUUCCACAGCUGAUUCUGAACCAGAUUCUGUUCCACAAUCUUUGCCUGAGCAACCAAGUUUGCAUUAUCAACCUGUUGUCAAGAAGGAAAGGAACUCAUCGAAAGGCUGUGUCGAUGCCGAAAAACCUUUGAAAGAAAAGACAACAGCCCAAACCACCACUCCUUCCAAAAAUCAAUUGAAAUCAGAACCGAAGAUCGUUCAGCAGUCUCCUUCAGCUGGUCCAUCCAACAAAUGGGUUAACGAAAAAAGGCCCGAUUCACAACAACCACCUAAAGAUCCAAAGCCUGUAGAAAAGCCCUCGGUUCAGCAAGUUCCAACUAUUAUGUCAAGACCCUUAAGUGCUCCUGUUAUCGUUGCAGCUCCUAAGCCAACACCAGCACGUAUCAUUUCAACAACUGUCCAAACGACGACAACUCCCUUGUUAGCACGUUCGGUCAGUGCUGCGGGUAGGUUAGGAGCUGACCCAUCUGCCCCCCCAAGCUAUGUUCUUCCUCAGUCAUAUCGGAAUGCUAUAAUGGGUGUUUCUUCAGCUUCGGUUUCUAGUGAUUACUACCCUUCUUCUUCCAGCUUGGGAGUCAACCUAUUACCUCAAUCGACCUAUCAGACUACGUCCAGUGGCUUUAUACAACCACCGCCAGUAUUUCUUGAUCAUCGGACACAACAACCACAACAACCGAUUAAAAGAAACCUCUCUUUCGGAAUGAUGGACCAACAACAGCAACAUCAUGUGAUGCCGCAGAAUGGUGGGCCCCACCAGUGGAUUCACCAGAAUAUAAUAGGGAGGCCGGAUUUCGCAGCAGCAGCUUGUAUUUCAGGCCGGCAGGCCACGCAGAAUGCGAUGUCGGAAUUUCCACACUUGGACAUCAUCAAUGACCUUCUUGACGACGAGAAUGGAAUUGGGAGAGUUUCUAAUUUCGUCAACGGGCCUCAUAAUUUGAACAGACAGUUCACUUUUCCAGGGUAUAUUGGCAUGUGGGGUGAUUCUGACACCUCUGCCUCUUCUUCUUCCCCCUCUUGCCGGUUGGAGCGAAGUGUAAGUUAUCGCGGUGGUGAUUCGAUUCUUCAACAACGACAACAACAUCAACAACACGGCGGUUAUGACACAUUUCAGCAAGAAAAUGGGAGGCAUUAUGUGAAUGGUGGCCAGAUGAUGGAUGGGUUAGUCCCGAUUUCAAAUCCUAACCACCACCACCACAACCAGCAGCAGCAAUGGCAGAUUGGCGGUGGGUCGUCGGUGAUGGGAAAUAGGAAUAACGAACAGGAGGGAUUAUUCUCUUAUGGGAUUUCAGAGUUUCCUUCAAAUGAGUUCUUGGGGUCUUGCACUAAUGCUAAUAAUGGUGGGUAUCAUCAUGUAUUCAGGCCAUCUAAUGGGCACUGAUUGAUUAUGAUGAUCAUCAUCCUGUGCCUGUAUAAUUGGCAACGAUGAUAGAUUAAUAUAAUAUGUAUUCAUUCCCCCCUUUGUAAUAGUGACGAGUUAUAAUUAACUGGGUGUUAUAGGAUUUGGACGGAGUGAGGUGGAAAUCAUUUUCAUAAUUUUAUGACUUUUUUAAUGUAAAAAAAAAAAUAUGCUUUACUGAA